AUGAUUCCAAUACUACAUUCUGAGAUCAUGAUUCCAAUACUACAUUCUGAGAUCAUGAUUCCAAUACUACAUUCUGAUGUCAUGAUUCCAAUACUACAUUCUGAUGUCAUGAUUCCAAUACUACAUACUGAGGUCGUGAUUCCAAUACUACAUUCUGAGGUCAUGAUUCCAAUACUACAUUCUGAUGUCAUGAUUCCAAUACUACAUUCUGAUGUCAUGAUUCUAAUACUACUUACUGAGGUCAUGAUUCCAAUACUACAUUCUGAGGUCAUGAUUCCAAUACUACAUUCUGAUGUCAUGAUUCCAAUACUACAUUCUGAUGUCAUGAUUCUAAUACUACAUACUGAGGUCAUGAUUCCAAUACUACAUUUUGAGCACACGAUGCAAAACAUGAUCUGUUAA